UUGACAGACAUUACGGUACACUUUACGGCAAAUUGUUGCACAACAGUUUGCUUCACUCUGCGGUGCAGAAAGGUUGGGGGAAAAUCAGGAACAUGUCUGCACUCAACAGGAGGAUCGUCAACACUACAUCAGCCCCGGCUGCCAUCGGUCCGUACAGCCAGUCGGUGGUUGUGGACCGAACAAUGUACAUCUCGGGUCAGCUGGGGCUGGACGUGGCCUCUGGUCAGCUGGUAGAUGGAGGGGUGCAGGCCCAGGCCAAGCAGGCUCUCAUCAAUAUGGGGGAGAUCCUUAAAGCUGCUGGCUGUGACUACACCAAUGUGGUGAAGACGACCGUGCUGCUCGCCGAUAUAAAUGACUUUAACAGCGUCAAUGAGGUCUACAAAACAUCCUCCUCUCACAGGCUGCUCGGCCUGGGCAUUUCCUCCUGGAUCACAGCAGACGGGUGUAAUGGAAGCCGCAGUGCCCAUUUUCAGCAGUAACUUCCCUGCCAGAGCUGCCUACCAAGUCGCUGCUCUCCCCAGAGGUGGCCUGGUGGAAAUUGAGGCGAUUGCUGUUCUUGGUCCUCUCUCAGACUCCUGACUAGCCGUCCACGUCACAAACAAGUUGUAGUUUAACCAUCAAGUGACCUUUAUAGAUGUACAGUGGAAGCCUUAUUACAUUUCCAGAUGACACAUGAAAGACCAAACUAGGAUCUUGUUGACUUUCUUUUUCCAUAUAGUCAGGUUUUAGCAAAAAUUAGCUUCUCCUCUGGCCACUGUAGCUGGUUGAACUAGUUUCAGUAGAUUAAAACCUUUAACAACAGAGCAGCACCUAAUUCACCAGAAUGUGUGGCAAAUGGUAAUUUCACACCUGACAUACUUUACAAAACGUAAUGAUGAAGUGGGAUUGUAUCUAUACAACCAGUCUAACAUUCCCUGGUCACAGUGGCCAGAUUCAGGGUCAAAUCAACUUCCUCUUGGUGCUGUUUCCGGUUUGGUAUCUCAUCUUCUGUUUUGUUCAAAAGUGCAGCUCUCACUAAUAAAAAAAAAAAAAUAGUAAAA